AUGCGUCAGUCUUCGGACGGUCCAGCGCGACCCCGUGCUGCUGCUGCUGCUGCUACUGCUGCUCCCGCUCCUCCCCCUCGUCCACCUCAACGCGCGUCCCCAUCUCUGGACCACUCGACGCGCAAAGUCCGUCUCACAGACCACGAGCUCUUCCACUGCGUCCAGCGCGUGGUCGUGCCGGCCCAGAGCCCCGUGAACCUCACCCGCCUCUCGCGCAAGCGCGGGUGGAAACGCAUCCGCCUCGGGGUCCCCCCCACGAUGCACAUGUACUGUCGCGUGCGCGACACGGCACGGGCCAAGCGCCAGUGCCAAGUCGCCGUCGGUGGUGACCUCCGCGCGACGCUCUCGGAGCUCCAGACGCUCGUGCGCGCGUCGAGCGAAAGCGAGAGCAAUGCCCUUUUGCGGGCGCUCUUCGGCUCGCAGUUUAUCUACAGUUCGCUCGUGCACACAGUGGCGGCACCGACGACUGCGUCGCGUAGUGGACCACUUGAUGGCCCGCAAUUGACGGUCCGCACCGCGAGCUUUGCGCGGAAACGCGGCCCUGUUGUGUUCCACUCGCGGCCGCCGUCAAGUGCGACGAGUCGAAGGGGUCCGCCGACGACCGACGACAGUGGCAGUGGUCGUGGAACGUUCUUUCCCUCCCGGUCCAAGAACGACCAGUGCUGCUACGUGGAGCUCCUCACGCCCACGCGCAAUGGGUUCCAAGUGACGUUCUGUACGCUCGACGCGGCCGACGUCCGUGCGGGCAAAGCGCCGCCGGACCGCGUCGUGCCGCUUCAUUUAGUGUCCGGGUGGCUCGUCGUGGCCGUCAGUGCGCGCGAUCCCGCGCUGCUGCACUUGACGUUCCACGCGGCGUUUCCAGGGACCGUUCCGGGCGGCUGCGACGUCGCUGUGGCGCAGCAUCGGCUCAAGUGCAUUGCCAAAGGCAUUUGUCGCCUCGACAAAGUGCUGCGGCGACGGCGCGCGACGGCGACAUUGACGUGUGCGACGGCGGCAUUGACGACGACAACUUCAACGUGCGAUCGCCAGUGUCCCACUCGUGACCGCACGUGGCCGACGUGGCGCCAUCCGUUUCGAGGGCUGACGGCCGACGAUUACAGGGGCAAUACGCACCGCAAUUGGCACUGUAUCGCCUGCACGCGGUCGUUCUUCCCGACGCUGCGCAAGUGCUGGCGACGCUGUGACUUGUGCGCCUAUCGCGUGUGCAGCGCGCCGCCGUGUUGUGCGCGGGAGCGCGUGGCGAUUUACAAUCGGUACAUUGCGCCGCUCACGGUCUGUGCCCGAUGUCGCGAGUGCAUUGACGAGCGCGCGAGUGAGAGUCACGUUCGAGCCAGUGGCAAUGAUGCGAACAAUCCCCUUCGGAGCAGUAUGGGCGACGUCCGGUACACGGGCGUGAGUCUGCAGUUUCCAGAGCGCGCGAGCAAUGUCGAGGCCGAGUUGGACGUGGACUCGUCGUCCGACGGGAGCCACGACAGGCGCUGGGGCUCUAGUGGGACGCUGCGAUUCAGUCACGAAUUGAGACAACCGAAGCAACGCACGUCAUCGACGUCUGUGGUAUCUACGGGAGCUGUGAAUUGCGCACGUUUGUCUCGAGAUGAGGACAUAUGUGCUGGAGGAGAGGAGGAGGAGGGGGAGGAUGCCGUACUUGGAGCCGCGAGUACGGAACUUUGA